CAGUAUCUGGUCAAAUGCUCAUUUGUUGAGAAUCCAUCGCCAGGCUGCUCACUCCAAAACGACACAUUUUUGCUAUGUGGCCAGACUUGCCACAUACAUAUCAGGAUCUCUCAACUGACGAUUUGGCAGCACAUGAGGAUUGACACAAUGAAAGGGAGCAAGUGUUCCUGCAACAGCUGUUGACCAUGGCGUGGCUGGGGCUGAACUGCUGCGGGAAUGAACAAGAGCCGGAAAAGCUUAACCGCGGCACCAACGACGAAAUCGCGAUCCAAGGCUUCGUGAAGGACUGGGGGCGGGUGGCUGUGACGACGCUGGCGUGCGUGGCGACCGGAGGGCUACUGCUGCUGGUGCUCACGUGGCGAGCCUCCUUCAGGUUGUGGUGCACUCACCGGCCCAGCACGCUGGAUGUUGCUACGAAGAUACUCUGUACGGAUAUCUACGGCCAAGAGUGGGAGGAAGACGUGGCUUCAGACGUUGCUUCGUCUUCGGAAAUCACUAAGGACGGCAAGGUUUUCAGGGCACCGCCCGAGCAGCCAGCGGUCCGCUUCUUCGUCAACAAGAAAAUCAAAUAUGUGUGGGACAACUCAGCGCAGAUGUUCAUCAGACUCAGAUCAUACGAGUCGACCCAAAGCCUGCAAGGCAUCUACAAUAACAGACACGGACUUAUCAGCGAAGAAGUAGAUCGUCGAAAAAAGUUAUUUGGUGAAAAUUUGAUAAAAAUCGAAGUCUUGUCAAUCCCUCAACUCCUAUGGCAGCAAAUCAAAAAUCCAUUCUACGUGUUCCAAGUUUACACAAUAAUCUUGUGGUGCUUACAAUUCUACUACAUCUACGCCAUCUGCAUCGGCAUGCUUUCUGUCUUGUCCAUUGCCUCGAGCGUCUGGGAGACACGCAGGCAAAGUUCCAUUCUGAGGGAAGCGAUGACGUCUCAGUGCGAGAUGACCGUCAUACGCAGGAACGGAACAGGGCCGACGGUGAUGUCGUCGCGGGAGCUGGUGCCGGGGGACACGGUGAUACUGCUGGACGGCAUGGCGCUCGAGGUGGACGUGGCGCUCAUAGACGGAGCAGCUGUCGUGAAUGAGGCCAUCCUGACUGGCGAGUCUGUUCCGAUAAUCAAGGUUGGCUUGUCGCAGGCAGAUAAUCCUCAACAGAUUAUCAACGACAGCCUCCACAAGAUGCACAUCCUUUACAGCGGCUCUGAGAUCCUACAACUCAGGGCUGCGACUUGCGCAAUUGGAGUUGUACUCAACACUGGGUUCAGCACAUGUCGCGGGGAGUUGGUGCGGUCUAUUUUAUUCCCCAAGCCGAUCGCCUUCCACCUCUACUCGGACUUCAUGAAGAUGCUGGGCUGCUUCGUGGUUCUCGGCUUCGGGGCAAUGGCUGGCAGCAUCUACAUGUGGCUUCACACCGAGCCGCCUGCCACGUUGCAAGAAGUCAUUUUUAACUCCUUGGACCUCCUGACUUUCGUGAUCCCGCCCAUCUUGCCGGCCACCAUGACAGCCAUCAACGUGUGGGCCCAGAGAAGGCUCAAGAAGAACAACAUCUAUUGCGUGUCCUCUAACUACAUCUCUUUGGCUGGCCCUGUCGAUGUUGUUUGCUUUGAUAAGACGGGGACAUUAACAGAAGAUGAUUUGGAACUUGCAUGCGUGGUGCCAUGUUCAGAGGAUGGAUUUUUCGAAAAAGAAUGUCGCAAUCUACGGGACAUUUCCGCUGAGCAGGAUCUGCUCAGAAUAGGCUUGGGUUCUUGCCACACUCUCACCCACUACACCAGUGGGGCGGCACCACACAACCUCAUCGGCCAUCCAAUGGAACUGAGGAUUUUUGAGAGCCUAGAUUGGGAAUUAGAAGAACGAAAGGACGGCUGCAUCAACCCCGACUACGGCAUCCUGACUCCUGUGCUGCUGAGGCCCAGUGAGGAGCAGCGCAGCAGCCUCGAGGUGGCGCAGAUCAAGACCUUUCCUUUCGACGCCAACGACCAAAGGAUGACCGUCGUCGCUCAAAUCAAAGGCUCCAGGGAGUUUCACGUCUUCAUUAAAGGCGCUGGCGAAACUUUGAAGCAAAUCUGCCACCCUUCGAAAAUCCCAGGCAAUUUCGACGAAGUCCUGACGUGGUACUCGCUGCAAGGGCUGCGAGUGGUGGCAUUGGCUGUGAGAAGCUGGAGUGCCACCUGGCAUGAAGUUGAGAGCAAGCAGAGAGUGCAGUUGGAGUCCGAGGCUCGCCUGCUCGGUCUUGUUCUCUUCGUCAACCCCACCAAGAGGGAGACCCCCUUGUGCCUCAGCAUCCUUCACCACGCGCACAUCGACACCGUCAUGAUCACAGGUGACAGCCUUGCUACAGCCAUCAGCGUAGCGCGCAGCUGUGGCCUCGUCAAGACUCACGAGCAAAUGGUCAUCGUGAGGACAAACUCGACGGGGUCAUCAGUCAGGCGGUUGGAAGUGUCCUACAACGUGGCGUUCACAGCUUCCGCAAAGGACGACGACAAGAUUGAGAUAGCGGAGAAGGACGGCUUGGUGUUUGUAAUGGACGGUCACACCUGGGACGACAUCAGGAGACAUGACAGAAAACUGCUCGCCAAACUGGCGUUGAGAGGCCGUGUGUUCGCCCGCAUGAAGCCUGACCAAAAAGUUCAAAUCAUCGAAGAACUGCGGGACCUCGGACGUCACGUGGCCAUGUGUGGCGAUGGCUGCAACGACUGCGGUGCCCUGAAGGCGGCGCACGUGGGGGUGUCGCUAGCAGCGACUGAGGCCUCAGUAGCGGCGCCCUUCACCAGCAAGGACCCCAGCAUCAAGUGCAUGGACCUGCUCAUCAGGGAGGGUCGGGCGACGCUUGUGUCCACAUACGCAUCCUUCAAGUACAACAUCAGCUACGGCUUCGCUUCGCUCAUCGUUGUCAUGAUCCUGUACUCGAUCCGGACAGAACCUUCAGACGCUCAGUACCUGAUAAUGGACCUGGUGCUGAUCACCGUCCCGUCUCUGGUGCUCGGUAACACAGCCGCCCCACAACUGCUGGGCGUCGAGCGGCCGACGCGCAGGAUCUUGCAUCCUCUGCACAUCUCGAGCAUCCUGUCCUUCCUGCUCAUACAAGCGGGCGCCUUCUGGCUCUGUUUCUGGUUCACGAUGCAGCAGCCGUGGUUCGAGGAGUUCGUAUUCGUGCCGGGUCAACAUCCGCACAGUCCGAGUUUCGAGGGCACGGCACUUGUCAUCUACUCCUUCUACACCUUCAUCAACGGUGCCGUCUGUUUCUCGCAUUCCUCGCCAUACCGAAAAUCAUUCUACACGAACCACAUUCUAACUGCCUAUCUGCUGCUGGCAACCUCGACCGUGAUUUUCUUCACCUUCUUUUCGGGUGAAAAUUUCCUCAAGUUUAUGAACUUCAUCGACAUCCCCGACGCUGGCUUCAGAUGGGUGCUCUUCCUGGGCGCGCUGAUAAACCUGCUUGUGUGCCUUGUAUGGGAGAGGCUGUUCUUGUACGGCGCUAUCGCUGAGGGCCUGAUGCCGUGGCUGGACCGCGUCCUGCCACCGCGACUUCCCUACCAAAAACUCGAGAAAAAAAUACAGAGCGACAACACCUGGCCAGUUAUAACUGAUCCAAACACGAAACGAGAAGCUGUGUUAAGUCUUAUCCAGCCCCUCGCGUUGUACCAAGAAGACAAUGAAAGCAACAACCAGGUGCUUAUGAUGAAAAAACUCGACACAACUCGAGACUUCACCACAGACUGCCAGCCAGCUCCAGAAGACCACUAUACACAAUUGAAAGGGCCACGACUGCAGAUGCAAGAUUCCGUCGACUAUCCCCUGCUGGGAAGGAAAGGCAGCGACGUCGUAUCUUCGUUUUCUGUUCCGCUGUCUCGUACAGAAAACGGCGCACGGGCCGGAGACCAAGAGCUGCCGAAGAGUACUUUUUCGCCACAGAAUUACCAGGGUGCCAGUGCCCCAUACCCGGCCGUCCCCACCUCAGAGGCUGACGGAGGCUACCAGACGCUCGACUUCUCCCCCAAGCCUGCAGCGGUCGCUGCCGCUCGUCCUCCUCCUGAGAGCCACUAUGUCACCAUCGAUCCCGACCAACAGGCCUAACUUUUGCCACUUCACUGACGAUUAUUGUCAUAUUCGAAGUCAAUAUGUGCCUUUUAGAUAUGCUUUAAUCGAAAAAAAUUCAUUUUUCGAAAUUUUACGAAUCGAAAAUGUAUUUAAAGAAAUUCAUUUUUAAUUCAACACGACAAUGUUGAGUAACUGCCCAAUUGGUUUCAAUCCAAUUUCCACUCACUAAAUCGGUCCCGAAACAUGGCCGAUACAUUUCCCGAGGGAUUUAUUUCUUUAUUUUCCUGCUAGGUAAUUAUGUCUGAACAUAAUUGUUAAGCUUUUGGAGUGUGUUUUUUUUCUUCAGCUCAAUGCAUUUUUUGUACCCCACGUCUGAACCAAUGAAUGUUUGAAGGACAACUUAGAAGGACAGUUUUGUUAGGCUCAUCAGUCAUUGGUGUAAACUCCUCAUUUGCUAACUGGAAAAGAGCAUACGCGUUAAAGCAUUUAAGAAUUGAAAAGUAGUAAAAUUUAUUCACAUUUCAAUAGUGCACAUUGACAUUAAAUGUACUUUUUUUAAUUUUCAUGAAUGAUUUUUGAUCAAUUAUAUGUUUGUCUCCAAAUAUCCUACUCACAUAAAAGUGUAUAGUAAUAAAGAAUCUAUCAACGUUUCAACAUUUGAAAAUACCACUCAUUUAUCGUUGUGAGUACUCUCCGUCAUGAUUCCAAAGAAAUUUUUCUGUAUUUUUAAA